GGUUGUAAAAUUAGUUUGCCAACCACCAAUAAAAAACAAAAGAAGAAGAAGAAGAAGAGUAAUCGCUUGGUAAAUGGCGGUUGCUUUGAAAGAAAAACAACUUGUUCGACAUGUUUAUGCUGCAUUACAGGCUGCGUCCUGUCCCUUGGUGGAAGGUCUGUACCUGCAGGAAGCCGACAGCAUGCUGCAGCUGCUGUGUGCUCCCUCUCAGCACCGCACCGACAUACUGGCCUGGAUCUGCAGCAGUAUCAACCCAAACUUUGCCAAUUCCAAGACGAUAGCGGUGAGAUCCAGCGGUCCAGAUGUUUUGAUUAAAGAGAUGGCUGUGCUUGGACAGGAGCUGAUGCUGUGCAAAGCAGAUGACCUGGACCUGAUCAGGGUGAGAGGACGCAUCGAGCAAGUGUAGAUGUAACUGAUUUUUAUUUAUAUAUUAGUGCUGGGCAAGUUAACGCAUUAACGCAUUAAUUAAUUAAC